AUCCUUUUGUUGUCACGAAUCAAGGACCCACUGCUGUACUCUUGCGAACUAUCAAGACUCGGGAAUCUACAGCUGAGGUAUGCAUUUAAUACGUUAGCUUCAGUUACACCUCGAUUGAUUAAGAAAUGCCUUUGGCUUUAAUCGCUGGGAUCUCUUCUGACGAGCUUUAGAUCAGUCGAAUUCGCCACGAUCGUUUAUAUUUCGAGAUGGCAAGACACAAUUUUCAUCAGCUAUCGUACUCUGAUCGAAGAAAAAUCAAAACGCUGUGGGAGCAUACACUUCCGCGUCGAGGUUGUGGAUUAAUUGUGAAUGCGGAGGAAUAGUAAGAAAUGAUAUUUUUCCGGAUAACCGUCCGUACAAAUACCCUUACUUUUCUCCUUUUGUGUAACAGACGAAAUCUUAACUUUUUCACAGGAUUUCUGCUACAGUCUCAGUCAAAAUUCUUGGGACACUUUGCCAUUUGCAAAGGGAAUUUGCAUUAGAUACUUAAGAAUGUCAUACCUCUGAUCGUUGUAAUUAAUUAAUUCUACGCGUGUUAGUUAUCCGUGUGUGAUCAUUUGAGUCGGUUAACCGCUAAACAGUUCCCUUCGAUCUUCCCUUUCGCUUAUUUAUGCUGUUAAAGUUUCGUCGUUCGUUAUUUAAUAUUUCUUAUAACAAACGAUUGUUUAGAAUAAUUCCGUAUGCUUUGAAUGGUAGUUUUAAUCCUUGCGUAACAACACACAAGGAACUGCACAUACGUGCAAUGGAAAUCCAGCGUUGUCAAAGAAUCUAGGUUCUACCAUGAAAUUUAUAGCUUCUGUCUUUAUCGCUGCCGCUGCUUAAACCGGAAAAUUAAAAACCUGCAAAGUUUUCGAGAAUCUUUACUCUGGACCGUAGUGCUUCAACUUCCGUUGCAAAUUGAUGACCAACAUUUAAACAUCUUGCCUAGCUUUGCCUCAGCAAACGAAAGGAGUGACUUGUACUUUUUGGUUCUUUGCUGCGAAGCCUUUGCUGGAGAAAAUUAUAACAGUCGAACUUCCAUGUGCGAUCAUCUCACAUAAGCGACAGUCUAUCCAAAACUCGUAGUACCACCUUUUAAGAAGAUAGUUGAAUAUUUUCCGUUGUUUUAAACCGAUCCCGUAAGCAAUAACUUGAUAAUUAUAGGGUCGAAGCCCCUCUCUAGGAAUCCGUUGUAGGGAAGUGGACGCAAUUGCCAAAUCAAAGAUGACUUGGGAUCCCUUGGCAAGCAAAAGUACAUAAGAGAAAGGAGGGGUGGCAGUAAAGUCUUCCUUUCCUUGCAUGCUCUUAAGCACUGUAGCCACCCCUAAACCAGAUUCUUGCUCCCUUUAUCACUGAACGAGAAAAACAAUUAUGAUCCAUUUGGGCGACGUUGUCGUUUGAUUACAGGAAUUGUUUACAACGGGACCCGCUGGAUCAACCAUUACUUCUUUAAAGAAUGUUACGCCACGUAAAAACGUUAUAACUCUUCCGCGCCAGUAAAAAAUUUAUUUUCUUCAGUUUUUUAAGACUUAAAUGUCGAUUGUGGUCAAACAGAAGUAUUAACUUGCUCCCCGACCCCCAACCUGGAGAACCCAGGGUAUUUGAGUGACUUGCUGAUGUACGCGGAAAGGUGGGAAUUUGAUAACAGUGAGUGCUAUUGGGGUGCAGAACUUGAUUGCAUAUAGAAUUAGAAGAGGAUUGAAACAAAUUGUCUCAAUUUCAUGUUAAACUAUUUUUGGUGUUGUUAAAGUGUAAUACCUUGAUAAAAUUAUGGCGGGUAUGGAAAAUUGGGAAACUUGUGUUUUUUUCUGUUUCUUCUAUUCCCCUUGCUGUUACCAAGCAAGUGGAAGGGGUUGGGUAUAUGGCAGCACAUCUACAGCAAUAAAGUUCCCAAAAAUCUCCCACACACACUCGUACAGUGUGAGCCACGUCAGAGGGCUCAUUUUUUAGAUGUUUUUUUUCUUUUUAAAGCUUUUUUUUUUUUGUUCAGAGAUACUGUUGAUAACUGUAUAUUAGAUUUCACGCCUCGUAUGCUGUAUAAAUUUUCAUGGUUGCCUGCAUUUUGGGAGCUAUUUCUGGAAGCACUUACGUCACUUUUGUUGACGUUACACGCAGCUUGAUCAAAGUGAAACCAUAGUUAGUAGAGGAGACUGGUCAGGAAACCCGGCAAACAUCAAAGUUGAAAUUAAUAGUGCUGUAAGUUAUGUUGGAAGCUCCCUGACCGUGCACAAUCCUUUGGUUUUUGUUCACAGAUUGUGACUGAAUAAAUUAUUGCAAUGUUUCUAUGAUAGGAAUGUUCUUGAACGUUGUGCAUGGUCAGGUUUAAAAUAGCUAACAAAAACCUAUAACAAAGGGUUUCCGAACCAUUCCACUUAAAUUAACUAUGGUGAAAUUGAAAGCUAAAUGAAGGGAAAAAUCCCUCAUACAAGAUUCAUCUUUCACUUAGUAAAAAUUUUGAUUGAUGCUCAGGUUAGUUUUGUGCAGGUGCCGUUAUUUCAUUUUUGAAGGAAAAUUCAAUUGACUUUUAUUCAUAAACUUGCCUUACAAGGUAUGGUUUCCUCGUAGAUCCUCGGGCACGAAUCAAGAACCCACCGCUGUAGUCUUGCGAACUAUCAAGAUUCGGGAAUUUACAGCUGAGGUAUGCAUUUAAUACGUUAGCUUCAGUUACACCUCGAUUAAUUAAGAAAUGCCUUUGGCUUUAAUUACUGGGAUUUUUUUCUGACGAGCUUUAGAUCAGUCGAAUUCGGCGCGAUCGUUUAUAUUUCGAGAUGGCAAGACACAAUUUUCAUCAUCAGCUAUCGUACUCUGAUCGAACAAAAAUCAAAACGCUGUGGGAGCCGUACACUUCGGCGUCGUGGUUGUGGAUUAAUUGUGAAUGCGGAGGAAUAGUAAGAAAUAAUAUUUUUCGGAUACCCUUCCGUACAAAUACCCUUACUUUUCUCCUUUUCUGUAACAGACGAAAUCUUAACUUUUUCACCGGAAGUCUGCUACAGUCUCAGUCAAAAUUGUUGGGACACUUUGCCAUUUGCAAAGGGAGUUUGCAUUAGAUACUUAAGAAUCUCAUACCUCUGUGAUUGCUGUAAUUUGUUAAUUCUACGCUUGUUAGUUAUCCGUUUGUGAUCAUUUGAGUCGGUUAACCGCAAAACAGUUCCCUUCGAUCGUCCCUUUCGCUUAUUUACCCUCUAAAAGUUUCGUCGUCGAUUAUUUAAUAUUUCUUAUUACAAACGAUUUGUUUAGAAGAAUUCCGUAUGCUUUGAAUGGUAGUUUUAAUCCUUACGUAACAACAAACAAGGAAUUGCACAUACGGACAAUAGAAAUUCAGCGUUGUCAAAGAAUGAGGGUCUUAAAAUCUAGGUUCUACAAUGAAAUUUGUAGCUUCUGUCUUUAUCGCUGUCGCUGCUUAAACCGGAAAAUUAAAAACCUGCAAAGUAUUCGAGAAUCUUUAUGGUUCAACUUCCGUUGGAAAUUGGUGACUAAAAGAUUUAAAUAUCUUGCCUCAGCAAACGAACGGAGUGGCUUGUACUUUUUGGUUCUUUGCUGCGAAGCCUUUGCUGGAGAAAAUUAUAUAAUAGUCGAACUUCCAUGUGCGAUCAUCUCACAUAAGCGACAGUCUAUCCAAAACUCGUAGUACCACCUUUUAAGAAGAUGGUUGAAUACUCUUCGUUCUUUUAAACCGAUCCCGUAAGUAAAAGCUUGAUACACAGUCUAAGCCCCUCUCUAAGUAUCCGUUGUAGGGACAUGUGAUGCUAUUGCCAAAUAAAAGAUGACUUGAGAUCCCUAGGCAAACAAAAGUACAUAAGAUGGAGGGGGGGGGGGGCUGAAAGCCUUCCUUUCCUUGCUCUUAAGCACUGUACCCGCCCCUACACCAGAUUCUUGCUCCCUCUUAACACUGAACGAGAAAAAAAAAUAUGAUCCAUUUGGACGACGACGUCGUUUGAUUUCAGGAAAUGUUUACAGUGGGGACCCGCUGGAUCAACCAAAAAUUACUUCUUUAAAGCAUGUUACGCCACGUAAGAAAGUUAAAACCCUUCCGCGCCGUUAGAAAAUUUUAUUUCCUUCAGUUCUUUAAGACUUUAAUGUCGAUUGUGGUCAAACAGAAGUAUUAACUUGCUCCCCCAUCCCCAACCUGGGGAACCCAGGGUAUUUGACUUGCUGAUGUACGCGGAAAGGAGGGAAUUUGAUAACAGUUACUGCUAUUGGGGUGAACUUGAUGGCAUAUAGGAUUAGACGAGGAUUGAAACAAAUUGUCUCAAUUUCAUGUUAAACUAUUUUUGGUGUUGUUAAAGUGCAAUACUUUGAUAAAAUUAUGGCGGGUAUGGAAAAUUGGGAAACUUGUGGUUUUUUCUGUCUCUCCUAUUCCCCUUGCUGUUACCAAGCAAGUGGAAGGGGUCGCGUAUAUGGCAGCACAUCUGCAACAAAAAAGUCCAUUUUACUUCCAAAAAACUCCCACUCACACUCAUACAGAGUGAGCCACGUCAGAGGGUCAAUCACAAGGCAUAUCAGUAUCCAGCAGUUUUCGGACAAAAACAGGAAGAAUUAGAUCAACUUCAUCUGCGGAAGGUUCCAUCAGUCUACAGCACCUGUUUAAAGAUGUGUUUUUAAAGCUUUUUAUUAUUUUGUUCAGAGAUACUGUUGACAACUGUAUAUUAGAUUUCACGCGUCGUAUGCUGUAUAAAUUUUUUGUGGUUGCCUGCAUUUUGGGAGCUAUUUCUGGAAGCACUUACGUCACUUUUGUUGACGUUACACGUAGCUUCAUCAAAGUGAAACCAUAGUUAGUAGAGGAAACUGGUUAGGAAACCCGGCAAACAUCAAAGUUGAAAAUAAUAGUGCUGUAAGUUAUGUUGGAAGCUCCCUGACCGUGCACAAUCCUUUGUUUUUUGCUCACAGAUUGUGGCUGAAUAAUUAAUGCAAUGUUUCUAUUGGUCAGUAGUUCAAAAUGAUAGGAAAGCUAUUGAACGUUGUGCAUGGUUAGGUUCAAAACAGCUAACAAAAACUUAUAACAAAGGGUUUCCCAACCAUUCCACUUUAAUUAACUAUGAUGAAACGGAAAGCUAAAUGAAGGGAAAAAUCCCUCAUACAAGAUUCAUCUUUUACUUGGUAAAAGUUUUGAUUGACGCUCAGGUUAGUUUUCUGCAGGUCCCGUUAUUUCAUUUGUGAAGGAAAAUUCAAUUGACUUUUUUACAUAAACUUGUCUUACAAAGUAUCAUUUCCUCGUAGAUCCUUUCGUCGUCACGAAUCAAGGACCCAUUGCUGUACUCUUGCGAACUAUCAAGAUUCGGGAAUUUACAGCUGAGGUAUGCAUCUAAUACGUUAGCUUCAGUUACACCUCUAUUGAUUAAGAAAUGCCUUUGGCUUUAAUCGCUGGGAUCUUUUCUGACGAGCUUUAGAUCAGUCGUAUUCGGCACGAUCGUUUGUAUUUCGAGAUGGCAAGACACGAUUUUCAGCUAUCGUACCGUGAUCGAAGAAAAAUCAAAACGCUAUGGAAGCGUACACUUCGGCGUCGUGGUUGUGGAUUAAUUGUGAAUGCGGAGGAAUAGUAAAAAAUGAUAUUUUUCCGGAUACCCUUCCGUACAAAAUACCCUUACUUUUCUUCUUUUCUGUAACAGACGAAAUCUUAACUUUUUCACCGGAAGUCUGCUACAGUCUCAGUCAAAAUUGUUGGGACACUUUGCCAUUUGCACAGGGGCUUUGCAUUAGAUAAGAAAGAAUCUCAUACCUCUUUGAUUGCUGUAAUCUGUUAAUUCUCCGCGUGUUAGUUAUCCGUGUGUGAUCAUUUGAGUCGGUUAACCGCUAAACAGUUCCCUUCGAUCAUCCCUUUCGCUUAGUUAUUGUCUAAAGGUUUCGUCGUCGGUUAUUUAAUAUUUGUUAUUACAAACGAUUUGUUUAGAAGGAUUCCUUACGCUUUGAAUGGCAGUUUUAAUCCUUACGUAACAACAAACAAGGAACUGCACAUACGGUCAAUGGAAAUCCAGCGUUGUCAAAGGAUGUGGUUCUUAAAAUCUAGGUUCUUAUACGCGGGAUUUACUGUAUCCAUAAGGAUAAAACAGAACCAUCAAUGAGUUCCAACCCUGGGGGGAGAAAAACUCCGACCUGUUUUCUUACUGAUGAGCACGGAAAGCGAGAAUUUGUCUAAAGGAGUAAGGGAUUGGAAGGAAGGAGGGGAGGAAGGGGUGGGUAAUUUGAUACCAUAUUAUUAGUUGCGGAUUAAAAAAGACAAACUGCCGCAAUCUCUUGAAAUGAAUUCAUAUCACCUUGAUAAAAUUUUAGCGGAUAUAUAAAGUUGGGAGGAGUUUGAGGAAAAACUGUCUUUCGCAGUAUUACGAGUUAAAUUUGUCACCAGUCUAUUGAGCGGCCACCUCUGAUAAAGCCUGUAUACAGACGUUGUUUUAUUUUUCUUUUCGUUCUUUUCGAAAACAUCGGCAAGUGCGGAGCGCGAGAAUCGAAAGAAAAGUAAAGAACGUCCUCUAUUUUCUUCUUCCCCUACCCUUACCCCCUUGCACUAGCGGUCAAUAAAUCCCCCGCGGGAUAUAUAUCUUUUAUAGCCUGAUAGCCUGUGUACAGACCCCCGUCAGUAACAAUCGGAGAUCGGGCUCCUUCUCCAAAUUUUUACUGAGGUGGGGAGGGGGAGGGGUCUGUGCACAUUCAAUAUUUUUUAUCACCGACGCGCGCUCGACGGACUUUGAAGAGAAAAUGGAGGGUCUGUGAAUAGACUACAAAUAAUUGUAGAAAAGAAUAGAAAAUUAAACCUCUAUUGAGCGGCCACCCCUAUUAAGCGAUCGCGGCCACCUUUCUGCCGUUCCAACAAUAGUUUUUCCAUAGUUGUCAACUCUAUUAAGCGGCCAUCAAGCACUAACUUCACGCACCAACUUUAGCUAUAUUUUAAGAAUAUGAUGAAGACAGUCCGAGAUAGAAAGAGACGGCCGAUUGUGGACUAGUAAUGUGUCCCCCGUUGCGUGUUCGUUUUAAAAUGAAGCGAUGUUUCUAGACCAAAGAAUAUGCAUGAAUGGAGACCAAUGGAGAAACCGAUAUCCUUGGUUGUGGACAUUUCAUACAAAUUCACUCUUGCAUGAGUAUUUUCUUUCUUUAAACACUUGCAUAAGUGAUAAAAAAUGUGUACUUUUUACAUGGAUUGAGUGCUUGAUAAUGAAGGCCCUCAUAUUCAAUAAUCAUAAGUUAUAAUCACUUUAAUAAUUCUCAUGAACUGCAUCCUUAAUGGCAUUGCCUCAUGUAAUCUGAUUUUUUAUCUCAGUGAUUAUGUUUACGGUUGUUGCUAUAUAUAUUCAAAUCAAACUAGAGAUUUCCUAGCCUGCGAACAGCAGACGUAUUUCUGGGAGAGAAGCGACGACCGAAAAUACGUCUGCUGUUCGCAGGCUACCCAUUUGCUCCUGUUGCACACUAAUGUCAUGGACAAAAACAAACUGGAGGACAGACAGGAAGCAGUAUUAAAGAUCAAAUGCUGCGACUGCUAGGCUACUUACAUAGGUGAAACCCGCAGAAAUCAUAACACGCGACUGACCGAACGCAAACGAGCGACGAGAAAUGGUGACGUCAAAAAUCACAUUGCUGAUCACCAUUUACAGACGAAACAUCAAAGCGACUGGGACUCUGCGACAUGUAUUAUGCACCUAUCAAUGUAAACCCCGUUGGGUUGGGGGGCGAGUGCGGGCAAGGGGUGGGGAUUUGACAAAUUUAAAAUUUUUUGAUCAAAUUCCCCAGGGUGGAAAACGAAAGGUCAAUCAAAAGUGUCCAAAAAAGCCCCCACCCCAGGGGAAAAAAUCUAAACAAACAAUACUAUAACACUAUAUAAAACGAAUUAAAAGAAUAUUUCAAAAGUACGUUCUUACUACUUUUAUUUAAGAUUAAGGUAAGCUCCGUUAAAUUCCUCGCUGUAAUUAAGUAUUUUCUCUCUCCACUAGCAUCUCUUAUUUUGAACAACAAAAUCACUCCAGGAAGAUUGACCGUGCUAUUAUAAUAUUAAUGAAACGUAAAAUGCUUUAUAACAUCUGCCCAACAUGUCGGAACAGGUCGGAUUAGUGACCCGUAAAAAAUCCUCUGACUUUCAUGGUGGAAUUCGAUUUCAGUCGAGUUUUACAAUCAGAUGGGAACUUGAAGAUAAAAACUUUCUCAAAAUAGACAUUAUCUGUUUAGAUGACAGUUUAAAGUAUCGGAUUAUGGCGAUUAAAACAGAUUAAAACAAAUGAAAACGUCAUACCUUUCUCCAACAGCGUGACUUUCAGAAAGCCUCGAGGGACGGACUUGGUAACCGCUUCUGAAUUGAAUUGAUACCAGGCGUCUGUCGGUCAAAGUCAAAUGUCCCGACCCCGGGGUCGCUUCACACCAUCAAAGGCCCGACAGAGGGGAUAGUGUCAGGUAUCAAAUCCCCGCCCCUUGCCCUCCCCCCCACGGGAUUGACAUUGAUAGGUGCAUUACGUAUUCUCAGACUACUAUCAACGACCCACUUUAAAAAGCUGGUUUACUAACUGAGAACAAACGUCACUGAAUCGUAGUCAACAGUUGCCGGCACUGUACAAACGACUUUAUUGACGGACUCAAGCAAAACUAAUUACGAAAGAAUGACUGGAUAACCCACAAUUGGACUAACAUAAACGACUGUUUAACUGUGACAAUAUAAACGGAUGGAAAGUCAACUGUCCAAUGACAUUACCAGUCUUCAUAGCUAAUAUUAAAAUCACUACUAACUGACAGGCGACCAAUAACAUCGCGAAAUUAACCAGUCAGAUCAAUAACCAGAGUUUAAUACAGUCGAACCUCCCGCAAGCGAGCGCCCAAAAUGCAAAGACUUAGUGGUCGCUUACGGGAGGUGGUCGCUUACAAGAAUAGAACCACAGGGGGCCUCUUCCUAGAAGAGGUCUGAGCACAGUACUUUAUGAAAGAUGAUUUAUUGUAUGCAAUGUCUUAGUUACGCCAUGUGUACUGAGUUCAAAGUUGUUUCUAAAGUUCUUCGUACAUGUCGUAUAUUCUAAGUAGCAUAGUGCACACAGCGAACUAGGGAUCAGAGAAUGCGUCCAGUGGUCGAGUUUGGUCGCUUACUAGAGCUUAAAAACAAUGGAAAAUCAUUAAACUUUCAGGCCCAAAAAGUGAUCGCGGUCGCUUACAAGAGGUGGUCGUUUACUAGAGGUUCCAACUGUAAGGCUUUGACUGGGAAAGUUUUGGUGCAUGAGUUUUGGAUAGGCGGACUCUUAUGGGAGGUGGUCGCUUACGAGAGGUGGUCCUACGUGGAGGUUCGACUGUACCAUCAACUGACGUAGUACAACUCACUUUGACUCUGCAGAUUAUUACCGCGCGUCAGUCAAUGUCAAUGCAACAAAUACUUCACGAGUGAGCGCAGCGAACGAGUAAAAUAUGUUUCAACACUCAAAGAGAAUUUUCCCAUCACCAGGCGGCCAUAUAAUAUCCUCUAUGUAUACACCAUGUUUAAACAAUGGUAAAUCUUUUUCUUUGGUGUUGUUUUUUUUAAUCUCGAUUAUUAUCACCAAACAAAUGUUAAUAUUUUUCUAUUUUACAGAAGCCCCCAGUCAUACUAUACAACAAAUGAAAAACACGUAGAAGGAUCCGUUUUUGAGGCAAAUCAAAUGUGACUGUGAUAGACAAAAACAAAUAGUACAGGGGUUAAUAAAUAAGCUUUUACUCCAGCUUUUAAUUUACUUUUCAGACCCUCUUCGUUAUCGUAGAUAAAGAGACUGAUGGUAUCAGCAGCAAAAGAAAACCACAAUAUGAGGCUGAGCUGAAAUAGCAAGGCCAGCAAAAAAAAAAAUAUGGGAGACAGGGCAGGAGAAGGAAAAGCGUACUGUGAUCGUGGCAACGCCUAUCACAGUCUUGGAGAUUUCCAGAAAGCCAUAGAGUACCAUCAACGACACCUCAAAAUUUGGGAAGAAGUGGGAGACAGGGCAGGACAAGGAAUAGCGUACUGUGGUCUUGGCAACGCCUAUCACAGUCUUGGAUAUUUCCAGAAAGCCAUAGAGUACCAUGAAGGACACCUCAAAAUUUCGAAAGAAGUGGGAGACAAGGCAGGAGAAGGAAAAGCGUACUGUAAUCUUGGCAACGCCUAUCAAAGUCUUGGAUAUUUCCAGAAAGCCAUAGAGUACCAUGAACGACACCUCGAAAUUUCGAAAGAAGUGGGAGACAGGGCAGGAGAAGGAAGAGCGUGCGGUAAUCUUGGCAUUGACUAUUUUCGUCGUGGAGAUUUCCAGGAAGCCAAACACUACCAUGAACUACACCUCAAAAUUUUGAAUGAAGAGGGAGACAGGGCAGGAAAAGGAAAAGCGUCCGGUAAUCUUGGCAACGCCUAUCACGGUCUUGGAGAUUUCCAGAAAGCCAUAGAGUGCCAUGGACGAGACCUCAAUAUUUCGAAAGAAGUGGGAGACAGGGCAGGAGAAGGAAGAGCGUACGCUAAUCUUGGCAACGACUAUUACCGUCUUGGAUAUUUCCAGAAAGCCAUAGAGUGCCAUGAAGGACACCUCAAAAUUUCGAAAGAAGUGAGAGACAGGGAAGGAGAAGGAAAAGCGUACUAUAAUCUUGCCAACGUCUAUCACAGUGUUGAAGAUUUCCAGAAAGCCGUUCAGUGUUAUAAGAACAGUCUUAUAGCCUUGGACCACAUUAGGAGAAAUCUCAUAUCUAACGACGAAUGGAAGAUUACCCUUAAAAGUACGUAUGAUCAUAUUAAUUUGAGGCUGUGGGAGCUGCAGUUUAAGGAAGGUAAAGUCAGUGAGGCACUUUUAACUGCUGAUCAAGGACGUGCACAAGCCUUAAACGAUCUUCUGGAGUUCAAGUAUGGCCUUAAAGAGUUACACCCAGAAAUAGGAACACUUUCUGCAAGACCAAGUGACUUUGCUUGUUACCUACCACCAAAUACAGCUUUCAUGGGUAUCAGCGAGGGAGGAAUAGUUGUCUGGGUGAACGAGAAAGGAAAUGAAAUCAAAACUAGAAGAACUGAGAUUGAUGUGUCCGUCACAACCUAUUUUCAGUCUCUGUUGGAGGCUACACAUAACGAAAUAGGUGUAAGAGGUGAGGUUAAUUGUGAAGAUCGUUCAUUAGGUAACCCAAGCGAUAAGAAGUUAGCAGAAGAAAGAUCAAGUAAGCCAAAGUCUCAUCCUUCAUAUUUUGAGGCAAAGUCAUUGCAAACAUUUUACAACGUUGUCAUAGACCCUAUAAGAGACUUACUCCAGGGCGAUGAGGUUGUGAUUGUUCCAGAAGGACCUCUGUGUUUGGCGCCUUAUGCUGCUUUCAUGGACUUGAAAUCAAAGUACCUCUGCGAAACGUUUAGAAUUCGUCUGCUCCCCUCGCUUUCUAGUCUGCGAUUAAUCGAAAAUUGUCCAGCAGAUUGGCACAGCAAGACCGACGCUCUUCUUGUCGGCGAUCCGUGGGUACAGGAGGUAACGACGCUAGGGCAGUUAGAGUGGGCCGAAAAAGAAGUGCAGAUGAUUGGGGAAAUACUUCAAACGGAACCUCUCGUUGGAAAGCAGGCAACAAAAGAUGAAGUUUUGAGACGUAUCUCCUCGGUUGCUUUGGUGCACAUUGCUGCUCACGGUGAAAUGGAAACAGGAGAAAUUGUUUUGGCCCCAAACACAACGCCUCCAUCCGUGGAUCCAGCCAGGGAGGACUAUAUCUUAACUAUGAAAGAUGUUUUAAAGGCGCAGAUUAGGGCAAGACUUGUUGUACUUAGUUGUUGUCAUAGUGCUCGGGGAGAAGUCAAAUCUGAGGGUGUGGUCGGCAUCGCGCGUGCUUUUUUGGGUGCCGGUGCUCGUUCUGUUCUGGUCUCCCUAUGGGCGAUUGACGACGAGGCUACGAUGGAGUUCAUGGAAUUUUUCUACCGACAACUAGUCAAUGGAAGAAGUGCCAGUGAGGCUCUAAAUAAAGCCAUGAAAUCCAUGAGAGAAUCUGACCGCUUUAGUGCAGUGAAGUACUGGGCACCGUUUGUUCUCAUUGGUGACGACGUGACGCUUGAGUUUGAGGGCAUCAAAUAA